CCGUGGCGUCAGUUUGGGGUGUCUGCAUGGGCGUCGCAUUGCUCGUCGUCGGAAAGAGAUAUGAUAUCGAUUUUUGGACGGCAAGGAGCUUUUACUUUCUCGCGGGACGGGUAUUGGACAUACAAUUUGAGAUAGAAGGAGAGGAGCACCUUAAGACAAAACCAGCAAUCUUACUUGGGAAUCAUCAGAUCUUUGCCGAGACACGCGUUCAGAAUUUACAAGCUGACGUCUUCUCUUUAUCUAUAUAUUUUAACGCGCUGAUGUCAUUUCACUCUUAUAGGAUAUUCCCGCGUGCCACGGUCAUUUCUGCGAAAAAGGAGCUACGAUGGGUUCCCUUCCUUGGACUAUUCAUGAUGGCAGGAGGAAACAUCUUCCUUGAUCGAAGAAACCCACAGGUUGCGAUCAAAUCUCUCAGAACAGCCGGCGAGACCAUGAAACGACGAAAACUGAGCCUAUGGGUGUUUCCAGAGGGCACAAGAACUUUGAACAAGGAGACAGACAUGAAGCCAUUCAAGAAAGGUGCAUUCCAUGUCGCAGUACAAUCGGGUCUACCACUCGUUCCCGUGUUGUGUGAGAAUUAUUGGAAAAUCUACCACCAAGACGUGUUUGGCAAGGGAACUCUCAAGAUAAAGAUCCUACCUCCGAUCGAGACCACUGGUCUGACCCCUGAAGACGUUCCCGACUUGGCCAUUCGUACUAGGGAGAUCAUGCUCAAGGCUUUACACGAGAUCUCUACUCCCAAUGACGCACCUUCAACUGACAGGAAUGCCCGAAGAAAAGAGAGAGAUUCUUCCCUAAUGCCGCCUCCACCCGUCCCGUCCGCAGACAGCAAGUCAAUUGGCAUCACUGAGAUCAGACCAGCAGGACAAGCCUCGUCCGCGGUCAAGGUCUCUGAUUCCGAUAGCUCUAGACAGAGGACUCCGUCACUGGCCCGGAGUGUAGUAUCCGUGUCCGACAAUGGCAGCCAAGAGACCGAGGAAGAGGACGGCCACGUCCUGGAUGGGAGGAAGAUUCUCGAGUGGGGCGAACCCGUCACACGACUUUUUUACAACAACGCUACAAUCGAGUAUAAAGACUUACGAGAUACGAUGAAUUCUGCAGGCCCACAGGACACGAUCGCCACAGACCAUCACAUGGCAGAUCCUGACGAAACCAACCCCUCCAAGGGCAACCUGAACGAUAAAGGCGACGAUUAUGUCUAUUUCAACCGAUCUACCGCUGGGUUCUCAGACGAUGUGAUCCCCAGAGCAAAAGCGUUCCAGCUCAAACUGGAACAUUACUACAAAUUAGCAGUGGAGGCUGCUGUACAGAGAAACACCCGUCGCGUGGAGAUUGAAACAAAGUUGGUCAAUGAUGCAUCAAUGUCGGACGAGAAAAAACGCAAGCAGUUGGCUCAAUUAGGCAAGACCGAGUCCACCUUUUUACGAUUGAGAAGGACGAAGAUCGGGUUGAAUGACUUUAGGACUGUCAAGCUGAUUGGAAAGGGAGCGUUUGGAGAGGUUCGGUUG